UGUGAGUCGAAGGUCGCACUUGACUGUAAAUAAAUACAAUUUUGAGGGCAUCAAGAUAAACAAUCAAUUCUGAUCCUCAUUUGCACAUCCUAUAUAAACUCCCAAUUACGAAACUUCAAAGUUCAAACCAUUGUCUCAAACCCCUCCUCUCCAACCAAAAGAUGUCAACAUUAAAAACACCUACACCCACCGCCACCACAGAAGAAGGCGGCGCCACCACAUUCGCCGCCGUCCACCCGGACCUCCUCCGGUCUCACAUCCUCACCCGCCUCGACGGCCCGACUCUCGCCUCCGCCAGCAGCGCCUCCUCCCAACUCCACGCACUCGCCGCCGACGACCACAUCUGGACCAACAUUUGUCACUCUACGUGGCCGUCCUCCAGCGCGCCACGUAUUCGUCACAUCAUCUCAACGUUCCCCAACGGCGGCCGCUCCUUCUUCGCCGACUCCUUCCCUCUCGCCCUCCCCGAUCCCACCACCAACUCUCCGUCAAAUCUCCACCCUCCAUCUCCAUCUCCAUCAUCAUCAUCAUCACCAGAACUGAUCUCAGCCGUUGAUAUCCACUACCAGAACAAGCUCAUAUUCACCAAAGUACAAGAAACCGAGACUUUGACCGGGUGGUUCCUUUGCUCACCCUUCAGAAUUGAUCUAUUGGACCCCAAAGACAUGGUCCACACAGCAAUAAAACACCCCAAAGGUGACGACAUGUGUACGGAUCUGGCGGAGGAGAUGAGUCUGAGCUGGAUAGUGAUCGAUCCGAUCACACGGCGGUCGAUGAAUUUGUCGAGUUACAAGCCUGUUUCGGUGCAACGGCAUUGGUUGAGCGGCGAAGUGCAGGUGCGGUUUGCUUCGAUCCUGGCCGGUGAUAAGAAGGGUUCCGCAUCGGAGUUGGUGCAGUGCGGGAUAGUGGUCACGUGCGGUGCGUCGGAGGAAGGGGAGAUGCAGGUGAGGGAAGUGAACUUACAGGUGGACGACAUGGACGGAAUGUUUUUGACGGGGAAGGAGAGUUUGGUAAUUCUGCAGAGGGCAUUGGAGGGUAAAAGGGGAAAAGGAGGGAGGAAGAGGGAGGAGGAAGGAAGAGGAAUAUACCAAGAGUACUUGGAGAGGAAGAGAGAGAGAGGAGAGAGAAAGUUGAGGACAGAAGGGACUUUAGAUACGUUGUGUGUGGGUUUUGGGCUAUCCAUUUUCGCCCUUUUUUGCUUCUUUGUUUUGUGCAGAUAACUAAAAAGAAAGAAAAAGUAGACAUAUAUAAAUUAUUUACACACAAAUAUACUAAUUUUUUUGUAUUCACACUCGAUGCAAACUGCAAGCACAUGUUUUUCAUAAGAAUUUUCUCGUGUAUAUAUGAAGGUACAUUAGGGUAAACAAUAAAUUAAAAGGCAUUAAUUUGAUUAA